AUGUCUUUGCUUUGUAACAAGUUGAUGCAUUGGUGUCUUGCCUUGGCAGCUGCAACAUGUGUGCGCGCCUUGGAACUUGAGCUCUCACUGGAAAUGCCCGAUACUGCUUUGCCUCUGCCGGCCAGUAUGUGCGGUCUCUCCAUCGAGGCUGACAGAUUCGUCGACUGGGCGGGCGAGCCAGGCAAAGCCAAUCAAUUCACAUGGAACUUGAUGAACAAUACCAAGGAAAAGACAGGCAUUGCACCACCAAUCAGAAUUGGUGGCGGCUCCCAGGACUUUAUCAUCAACGUGGCCGAUCUCGACAAUGAGGAACCUGGUUUCUAUAAUAUCUUUGCUCCCGUUCCCGAGCUUGAUGACCUCGAGAGUACCAAACAGCUGUUUCCCCAGGCUUACUUUACUGGCGCCGGGUACAAGUACUGGCGAGCUGCCUGUAAUUUCCCUCCCACCACGAGCUUUACCUUUGGAGUCAAUUUCCUGGCCGGCAACACGAGCGAAGCUAUUGCUCAGAUAAAAAACAUUGAAAAGGCUUUUGCUGAAUCUGAUUGCAGCGAUGUAGAGCUAUAUGCUAUCGAGCUUGGAAACGAAGCGGACCAGUGGGAUGAUGGUGUUAAGCGGGACGAGGAUUGGGACAUUUAUGCCUAUUCGGCCCAACAGAUAUCAUACUAUGAAGCGAUCAAUGACACUCUUGGCGACAAUGGACGCAAGUACAGAUUCGGAGACUCGGCAUCGCGCUGGUCCGUCAAGAACAUGCUAAACACGGAUGCUUUGCAAGGAGAGUUUGCCAGCUCAAUUAAUUCCCUCUCGGUCCAUCAUUACCACUCUACCGGGCAGCUAGAUAGUCGAUCGGUAUGGCCAGGAAAGGCGUCUGGCCUAGUCAACAAGACCAGUAUUCGGACAGAGCUCGAUUCCUACGAUGACUCGGUCAAACUCGCGGCGGAUGCAAACUACAGCUUUGUCCUUGGAGAAACCGGAUCAUUUGCGAGUCAUGGACAGCAGGGGGUAAGCAACUCUGCUGCUGCGGCCCUUUGGCUUGUGGAUUACAGCCUACACGCGGCGGUUGUCGGUAUAUCGGGCUUGUUCUUCCAUCAGGGCGUCGGCUACAAUUACAGUGCAUUCGAACCUGUCGAUCAUAUUGGUAUCAACCUUACCGAUUAUGCCCCAGACGCAACACACUAUACUAUGCCGGAAUAUUACGGAUAUGUUGUGGUGGGGGAAGCCAUUGGCUCCAAAGAAGCGUAUAUCAACGAGAUUGAGGUGGACAGCAGUGUGCCAUUGACCGCCUUUGAGAUUUAUGAAGACAACAAUCUCAAGCGCAUCGUGCUCAUCAAUUCCCAGCCUUGGACAGAACUAUCCACUGGAGAGCGUCAGAACUUGACCAUACAGCUGCCGCAACUUGAAUAUUAUGACGGAGCGCGUUACAAGCUUCUCGAGUUUGAGUCUCUGAGUGCAACAUCUGGUCUUACUUGGGGCGGGCAGAGUUAUGAGACAUUGUCGGGCAAGGCAAGUGGUGAAAAAGUGUUCCACGAGCUUGAUUCUAGCGGAGCCAUUUCUUUGCCAUCCAGCUCGGUGGCAUUAAUUCAUCUAUAA